AUGGCAGGGUUCUCUUCAAUGGGUCCAAACAUUAUAACACCAGACAUCAUCAAACCCGAUGUUACAGCACCCGGGGUGAAUAUUUUGGCAGCAUGGUCUCCAAUAGCAACACAAUUCACAGCUGGACGAACACUUGACUAUAACAUAAUUUCUGGUACUUCCAUGUCUUGUCCACAUGUUUCUGCAGUGGCAGCUAUUAUAAAGUCGUGUCAUCCUUCUUGGAGCCCAGCAGCAAUAAAGUCUGCAAUUAUGACAACAGCGACAGUCCUAGAUAACACUCGAAACUUCAUUAAAAGAAAUCCCAGUGGCACCCAAACCACGCCUUUUGACUAUGGAUCUGGGCAUAUAAAUCCAGUUGCAGCUAUAAAUCCUGGACUAAUUUACUAUUUUGAUUCCAGCAACAUCAUUGAUUUCCUCUGCAGCACUGGUGCAAGCUCUGCACAACUGAAAAACCUCACAGGCAAGCUAACUCACUGCAAGAAUCCUCCUAAACCAUCAUACGAUCUCAACUACCCAUCAAUCGGGGUAUCCAACAUGAAUGGAAGUUUAUUGGUGCAUCGAACGGUCACCUACUAUGGUGAAGGGGCGACAAUUUAUCGUGCACAACUAGAAUAUCCAAGCAAUGUAAAUGUUACAGUUACACCAAAUGAGCUCAAGUUUGCAGAGUUUGGGGAGAAGAUAUCUUUCAGGAUAGAUUUCACUCCUUACAAGAGUAGUAAUGGAAGCUUUGUGUUUGGAGCUUUGACAUGGAGCAAUGGCAUCCACAGGCAUUACAUUGCCAACAUGGGGCAUCACUCACACCCCAAUUCGGAAUCGGUGAUCACAGAAAACCAUGAGGUGCUCGCUUCAGUUGUUGGAAGUAUUGAUGGAGCACAAGAAGUUGCAGUUCACCAUUACACGAAAAGUUUCAGGGGCUUCUCAGCAAUGCUUACAACAGAUCAAACUCAAAGGCUAGCAGAAAGAAAUUCAGUUGUAUCUGUGUUUGAGAGCAGAAUGAAUAAGAUCCACACAACACAUUCAUGGCAAAUUUUGGGAAUAGACUAUAUUCAACAGUAUAAUCAACUGCCAAUGGAGGUGAAGUCCAAUGUUAUAGUUGGUGUCAUCGACACCGGAGUUUGGCCCGAGUCCCAUAGCUUCAGUGAUUCCGGAUUAGGGCCUGUGCCCAAAAAAUUCAAGGGAGGCUGUGUAACUGGGGAUGCUUUUACAUCAUCCAACUGCAACAGAGACAGUGAUGGGCAUGGAACUCACACUGCCUCAACGGUGGCAGGAUCACCAGUUGCCAACGCCAGCUUACUUGGGAUAGGAGGUGGUUCUGCUAGAGGUGGUGCACCUUGUGCUAGACUUGCUAUCUACAAGGCUUGCUGGUUUGGCGGGUGCAGCGCUGCUGACAUUCUCUCUGCCCUUGACGAUGCAAUUGAUGAUGGUGUUGACAUUCUCUCUCUUUCCCUUGGCCCUCUGCCGCCCCUGCGUAGCUACUUCGAAGAUCCAAUCUCAAUUGGGACUUUCCAUGCAUUUCAGAAAGGAAUUCUUGUUUCUGCAUCUGGUGGGAAUUUCUUUUUUCCAGGUACUGCAACCAACGUUGCUCCAUGGAUCCUCACCGUUGGUGCAAGCUCUAUGGAUCGGGAACUCCAGUCCAACAUAUAUCUUGGAAAUUCAAAAAUCAUAAGGGGUUUUGGAUUAAACCCUCAGAAGAUGGAGAGUUAUUAUAGUUUAAUAGCUGGGAGUGCUGCAGCAGCCCUUGGAAUUCCUCCCAGAAAUGCAAGGUAUAUUCUAUUUUGUGAGAAAAUUCUGGCUUGAGACAGAUGAACUACGCUUUGAGUUUCCAUAUCAUGUACCUAUUAAUCAAGAAUAAAAAUUUUGUAAGGAUGCAUAGUUUCAGUCAGUUCAGAAAUGAAAGCAUUUUGAAAAAUGUUGAGAGAGAUUUGUUGUGAUCGUGCAGCAAUUAUGGUGAAUAAUAAGAAAUCAAACAAUUAAGAAAACAGGAGA